AUAUUUUCGGAAGAAGAGGAAAAGAAACAUGUGCAGCGCGUGGCAUUGUUUUUAAGAAUUAUAACCUAUUUAGUGAGAAUAUAUGAACGUGCUAACAUAUACAAAAUUGCGAUGAAACAAUAAAUUUGUCUCUUCUAUGUAAAUUAAUUGAUUUAGAAAAAAUGAACAAAGUUAAUCUCAAGGAAGUAAUCGAAGUUGAAUGUAAGUAUGGAGCGUUUUAUACUGGCGGGGAUAUACACUGGAGUACAUGGGGCGAGGAUUUAUUGUGUCAAAAAGGAGGUACCGUGUCAGUAUUGUCUCUUGAUAAAGGUUCUAUGAUAUUAUCAUUGGGUGAAUCUAGUCAAGAAGAAGAAGACACAAUAAAUUGUUUUAUUCUUACUGAUGGUGACACGAACAUAGUCACUCAUCACAAAAGUGGAUUGUUCAAAUUAUGGGACUGGAAAAUUAAUAAAUUGUUGAAAUUAUGGAAAUCUAUCCACAAAGGACCUGUAGUACGAUUAGCGCUUACAAAUGCAAAUUUUUUAAUGGCAUCUGGGGGAAGUGACGGCACAGUUAGAUUAUGGAAUUUGGUACACCAUACCUGUACACAUAAUCUCAAAGGAAUUCAAGGUGUAAUUAGUGUACUAAAAUUUCAUCCAGAUACUGAGAAAAACCUGCUUUUUGCUGCUGGUGAUGACACAAAGAUUCAUGCGUGGGAUAUCUCUAGUGGUCAAGAGAAAAUGAUUCUUUCUGGUCAUUUUAGUAAAGUUACAUCUCUUAACUUUCACAAAGAUGGAAAUUAUUUAGUUAGCUCAGGAAGAGAUAAAGUACUAAUCUUGUGGGACAUAUCAUCCGGAACAUCAGUACGUGUCUUACCUGUAUAUGAAGGAAUAGAAGGAGCAUUUAUAAUAGAUACUAAUACUCCUCUAUCAUUUCUUCCAUCACGUAAACCUGAUGACAUAUAUGUUGCCUCAGCUGGUGAAAAAGGUAUCGUAAAAAUCUGGGAAAUGAAGACAGGUAGAGAAAUGUAUAAGCAAAAGAAUUCCUUGGUACCAAUGGCUAAAGAGGAAGGAGGCUUGUCCAUUAUACAUUUACUCUACAAUAAGACUCAUAAUGCUUUCGCGGUAGUAUCCACAGAUCACAAUAUAAUUAUCUAUUCGUUAGAGACGUUCGAAUGCAAGAAACAGUUGGUGGGUUACACAGAUGAAAUACUGGACGUUGUAUAUCUCGGGGCUGAUGACACUCACAUAGCUCUGGCAACCAACAGUUGCGACAUCAAACUUUAUGAUAUCGCAUCUAUGAAUUGUCAGUUGUUGUGUGGUCAUACCGACAUAGUCUUGGCUCUUGCUACAACUCCGGCAAAUGCAAAUCUGCUCGUCUCUUCAGCUAAGGAUGACAGUGUUCGGGUAUGGCUGUUGAAUGAAGAAACAAAAGAAAUGUCUUGCAUCGGAGAUGCUGUUAGGCACACAGCAUCGGUUGGUUCUAUCGCGAUAUCUCAAACAUCAACCAAGUUCUUCGCUUCCGUCAGCCAAGAUUCAUGUCUGAAACUGUGGGAAUUGUCUCAUGAUCUUAAAAUGCACGGUAAAUCGGUAAUUUCUCCUAUAGAACAAGAUAAUAGAAAUAGAUUUACAUGUUUGUUAAUUAUUAUAGCCCAAGAUGUGCCAUUAAAUGUAAGUUUCACAGUAUUGGCGCACCAUAAAGACAUUAACUGCGUAACUGUCUCGCCGAACGAUCAAGUGAUUGCUACAGCAUCGCAAGACAAAACCGCUAAGUUAUGGUCCGCCGAAGACUUGCAGCUGAUUGGAGUGUUGCACGGUCAUCGAAGAGGUGUAUGGUGCGUUCGAUUCUCCCCAGUUGAUCAAGUGCUUUUGACGACAUCCGCCGAUUGUACAAUGAAGCUAUGGUCCUUGAACGAACUCAAUUGUUUGAAGACAUUCGAAGGACACGAGUCCUCGGUUCUGAGAGGAGAGUUCUUGUCGCAAGGUAUGCAAUUGAUCACAGCGGGCGGAGACGGUCUUCUGAAAUUAUGGAAUAUCAAAACAUCCGAAUGCGUGUCUACCUUGGACCAACACAAGAGUCGCGUUUGGACUCUUGCGGUCACCAAAGAUCAGAAACGUAUCAUAAGCGGAGGUAACGACUCGUUGCUGGUAAUUUGGAAAGAUGUAACUGAAGAGAAGAAAGUGCAAAUUAUGGAGGAAAGGGAACGACGCGCACUUGACGAACAAAUGCUGACAAAUCUACUUCAAAUGGAACGAUUCCAUGAUGCGUUGUUAUUAGCACUACGAUUGGAACAACCGUACAAAGUUCUCAAGAUUGUGGAAGCUGUAUUGAAGAGAGGAAAUGACAAACUCAUAGGUAUAAUCAAGACGUUGGAUGAAGUUUCCAAAGAAAGAUUAUUUAAAUGCACAAUUACAUGGAAUACAAACAGUCGAAAUUCACACGCCGCACAGGUAAUUAUAAAUACCUUAAUAACGGAGAUCGGCGCCGAAAAGCUGCGAACGUCGGGUUUCUCUUCGACUCUAGAAGCCAUGAUACCUUACACGGAUAGACAUUUUAAAAGGUUAACGAAACUUUUACAAGAUCUUUAUUUAUUAACAUAUACUGUUAAUCGUAUGAAACCCGACAUCGCGUGAAUAUAUUCAUGCGAUAUAAACAUAUAUUAAUAAAUUGUAGAAAUUCUCAAUGAAAUUCUCAUUGUAGAAUUUUCAAUUUUUACUA